GGGUAAAAAAAUUUUAAUGACAAUAUGGCUACUGGCUACUCCUGAUAGUUUCCGUUCAGUUGCAGAUCGCUUCAAUUUCUCUAAAAGUACUGCACAUUCUGCUCUCAAACAGAUCAUUUUAAUUCUAUCUCAUAAUUUACUUCCAAAUUUUAUUUCUUGGCCAAAUGAUGAAGAAUCUGCAUUAAUUGAGAAUGCUUUUCUUAAUAAAGCUGGAGGGUUCCCUGGAAUUGUGGGUGCAAUUGACGGGUGUCAUAUUUCAAUAAGACAACCACCAGGAAAUGCGAACGAUUACUAUAAUCGAAAAGGAAGCCACUCCAUUAUCUUGCAAGGUACAUGUGAUCAUAAUGGAAAAUUUAUUGAUGUUUUAAUUGGACGACCUGGAAGAGCUCAUGACUCACCAGUUUUUAGAAGCUCUCCGUUGUAUGAAAAAAUAACAGAUGCUCAAAAUCCGUUAUUAAAUCCAUUCUGCUUACGCAUUAAUGACCAAUGUUUUGACUCCAUUUAAAGAUAAUGGUCAUUUAACGCCACAGCAAGUAAGAUAUAAUGUACGGCACGCAUCUUUGCGUAGUGUAAUAGAACGAGCGUUCGGAAUAUUAAAAGCUAAAUUCCGCCGGUUGAACUAUUUAGACGUUCAGUCUGUCCAGACUGCAAACCUUAUAGUAGUAGCAGCAUGUACA